AUGGCUGUUCCUCAGUUCGCCGGCAUGUCCGGCAAGAAGUUGUCAUGGUCCAUCUCGACCAUUGCAACUUUGGGUUUUCUUCUCUUCGGUUAUGACCAGGGUGUCAUGAGCGGUAUCAUUAGCGCAAAACCUUUCAACACUGUCUUCCCUGCAACAGAUGGCAACUCUACCAUGCAAGGCACCGUGACUGCCAUUUAUGAAAUUGGUUGUCUCCUUGGUGCCAUGUUCAUCCUCUGGUUUGGCGAUUGGCUGGGCCGUCGCAGAUCCGUCAUGUUGGGCGCAACCAUCAUGAUUCUCGGUGUCAUCAUCCAGGUCACCGCAUACUAUGACUAUGCUCCCCUGGCUCAGUUUAUUGUCGGGCGUGUCGUCACUGGUGUCGGUAACGGUAUCAACACCUCAACUAUACCCACGUACCAGGCUGAGUGCUCCCGCACCACCAACCGUGGUCUCUUGAUCUGUAUCGAGGGUGGUGUGAUCGCCUUCGGAACAUUAAUUGCUUACUGGAUUGAUUUCGGUGCAUCUUACGGUCCGGAUGACUUGACCUGGAGGUUUCCCAUUGCAUUCCAGAUCGUCUUUGGUCUUGGAAUCAUUGCUGGGAUGGCCUUCCUCCCCGAGUCUCCUCGUUGGCUCUUCAUGAGAGAGCGCUACCAAGAAGGAGAAGCGGUUAUUGCGGCUUUGAUGAAUGAGGAGAUCAACUCCCACGGUGUUCAGCUGCAAAAGACCUUGGUCUUAGACUCUAUUCGCGCAUCCGGUCAAAUGGGCCAAUCGACUCCACUCCGUGCUGUCUUUACUGGAGGCAAGACCCAACACCUCCGCCGUAUGUUGCUUGGUGCCUCCUCGCAGCUCAUGCAGCAGAUUGGUGGUUGUAAUGCGGUCAUCUACUACUUCCCUAUUCUCUUCGAGACCUCCAUCGGCCAGACACAUACCUUGUCUUUGCUCCUAGGUGGUGUUAACAUGAUUGUUUAUUCCAUCUUUGCCACCAUGUCCUGGUUCCUGAUCGAACGCGUCGGACGACGAAAGCUUUUCCUUUAUGGAACUGUGGGCCAGUGUCUUUCCAUGGUCCUCACUUUUGCUUGCUUGAUUCCUGGUACCCCUAGCGCUGCCAAGGGUGCUGCCGUUGGUCUGUUCACGUACAUUGCCAGCUUUGGCGCAACAUGGCUCCCCCUGCCCUGGUUGUACCCAGCUGAGAUUUCACCUAUCAAGACCCGUGCCAAGGCUAACGCACUCUCAACUUGCACCAACUGGCUGUUCAACUUCUUGAUUGUCAUGGUUACCCCUGUCAUGAUCUCAAACAUUGGCUGGGGAACUUACCUCUUCUUCGCUAUCGUCAACGCCUGCUUCUUGCCAAUCAUCUACUUCUGGUACCCCGAAACUGCACGACGAUCUCUCGAAGAGAUUGAUCUUAUCUUUGCCAAGGGUUACACCGAGAAGAUUAGUUAUGUCCGUGCCGCUCGCGAACUACCAUACCUCUCUGAUGAGGAAAUUGAGAGUAUGGCCAUUCAGUACGGUUUCGGUCCCGCUGAAGUCCAGGAGUCCCAGGAGAAGGCUUCGGCACAUAGCGAUGAGUUUGCUGUCACUGCCGGUACUCCGCCAGCAGGUGAAGAGCACGUUGCGAAGAUUGCUUAA